GGUCUGUGGGUUCUCUACAUGCUAAAUGGAUACAGAGCUUUUCCAGCAGCAUAUAAAGUUUUGGGUCUUCUACAGUACAUUCUGUCAAGUACAGAGUCUUCUGACCAACAGCACACUGGUCCAGGAUUGAAUGGAGUUUUGACAGCAUCCUUCUCUCAACAACAACGUGAACUGGGUCCAGCUCCAUGCCAAGUACAGAGCCAGCCCUCCUGAUAAGUUUGUCCAGUUUAUUUCUCUCUGCCACAUUUAUGAUACUUCCCCAACAGACCGCUGCAUAAAAAAUGACACUAGACACCACAGACUCGUAGAACAUCCGCAGUAUGGUGUUGCAGAUGUUGAAGGACCCAAGCCUCCUCAGAAAGUACAACCUGCUCUAACCUUUCUUGUAGAGCGCUGUUGAGUUUAUUGUCCAGUCCAGUUUGUUGUCAAUAUGGACUCCCAGGUAUUUGUAAUCCUCAACAAUCUCAACUUUCCCGCAGUGGACAGACAAAUGAGACUGGGGUUCUGCAUUUUCUAAAGUCCACUAGCAGUUCCCUUUGUUUUCCCAACAUUGAGCUGUAGGUGGUUGAGCUCACACCAGGUAACAAAGUUGUCCACUGCUGUCUGAUACUCCGAGGUGUUACCUCCCUGAAUACAUCCGACAAUCACAGAGUCAUCAGAGAACUUCUGAAGGUGGCAGGAUUCCAAGUGUCUGAAAUCUGAUGUAUACAGGGUGAAGAGGAAGGGAGAAAGAACUGUUCCCUGAGGAGCACCAGUGCUGCAGAUCGCGGUGUCUGACAUGCAGUUCUGCAUUCAGACAUACUGGGGAUGUCCGGUGAGGUAGUCCAUAAUCCAUGAAACCAGAUGAGAGUACAAUUCAUGUUCUUCAACUUCUCUCCCAGUAGGGUGGGCCGGAUGGUGUUAAAAGCACUUGAGAAGUCGAAAAACAUCUAGGUGGGUGUAGGUGCAGUGAAGCGGAUGGAUAAUGGCAUCAUCCACUCCGAGUUGAGGCUGGUAGGAAAACUAUAGGGGAUCACGGAAUGGUUUGACAAGUUGAAUGGGUUGAAUGGAACUGAGGAUCAGUCUCUCAAAAGCUUUCAUUAAAUGAGAGGUCAGCGCUACUGGCCUGUAAUCAUUAGGGGCACAGGGCCGUGCUACCUGUGGUACCAGUUCUAGGCAUGAUGUUUUCCAUAGAACCGGUACCCUCCCUAGAUGCAGGCGUAGGUUGUAUGUUUUAGAGUACUCCACAAAGUUGCAAGGCACAGGCUUCCGUAUUCUUGGGCUGAUUCCAUCUGGGCCCACAGCCUUUGAGGGGUGAAGCCUUCUUAGUUCCCUUCUCACUUGAUCCACUGAGAUGGUGAUGGUUUCAGAGGAAUCUGGAAUAGUGGCCACUACCUGAGGGGGAUAAACUGGUGAACAAGUAGUGGGGCAGAAGGAGGGUUGCAUCAGAGGCUUGACAUCAAAUCUAUUGAAGAAUAGAUUAAGCUCAUUUGCAUAAUACGUAUUACCCUCCGUCACCUGGCUGCUGGUCUUGUAGCCAGUGAUUGUCUUCAUGCCUCUCCACACCUCCCUCAUGUUAUUAUGCUGCAGACACUUUUCCAGUUUCCUCCAUGAAACCCAGACAGUUUACCACCCAGUUUACCCAGAGAGUUGUGUGCCCAGAGUUAAGCACUAUGGUGGAUUAAUGAUGGUUUGUCCUGAAAUAUUAUGUCAUAUCCUAGGCCGACUACUUGUGCUGGAUGGACGCAUCACUGCCAAUUGACUACUACAAUUCUGGAGGACCAUGUACACUCUAUUGUUCAAACAUUGUACCAUGAAGGUGGACUUAUGUAUCAGGAUGAUAAUGUUCUAAUGCACAAAGUGAAGUUUUCCAUGGCCUACUCAGUCACCAGAUCUAAAUAUUAUUGAGCCACUUUGGGCUGUUUUGUAGAAGCAAGUCAGGAAAUAUUUUCCUACACCAGCAUUACAUAGUGAUCAGGCCUCUGUUCUGCAAGAAGAAUGGCUCAGAAUCCCUUUGGCCACUUUUCAGGACUUGUACUUGUCAUUUUUAAAGAUGGAUUUUUCCUGUACUGCCUACAGAAUAAGGCCCUACACCAUCCUAAAAGGUUAUUGUGGUUUAAAUCCAGGCGUUUCAGUUUCAUUGUCUAACACGUGUCAUGUCAAGUACUAUAUCCAAUAGAGUGGAUGAGUGACCAGUCAAGAAAGCAAGCCCUAAAGAAAUCUUGUGAAGAGAAUCAGUUUUGGUAAAACAGAGCUCACAGAAUACCUUUAGUAGGUUGUACAGUUUGAAUGUUAGUAAGGUGCAGUGUGCGGACAUCUUACAAAUCCUGGUGAUAACUUUUAGAAGUAGUCUUGUAUAAUUCCUUAGAAAACAGCCUUAUAAAACCUUGUUAUUUGUUUGUUGUGCUCAGUUAGUAGAAAAGCACACUGAAAGUCUACAGUACUUCCAAAGACAGCAACCAUUAUUACUUAUUUAACCUUCUUUUUUUCCUUGGCUUAAGGAUUAAAAGAGAAAAUUUUUUUAGCACCCUUGCUAUAGAUUUGCUAUAAAUACAUCCAUUUAUGCACACAAGUGAAUCCAUCUUCCAUUUUUGUGGAGUAUAAAACAAUUAACUUUUUGCCUAUUAAAUGCAUACCAUUAAUAAUUCCCACCUACCCAUGUCUACAGAUGGAGAUUUGGAGAGUUGAGUGUGUAUGUCCACUGUUAGCGACACUGUUCCUGGGAGUAGUUAUCCUUGGCACUGGAGCUUUGCUCUGCAUUAGAACUUUGGUGCCUUGUAACUCCACUGGUUCCCAUGAAGAUCGUCGCCAAUCUAUGAGCAGACAGCCAUCCUUUACUUACUCAGAGUGGACUGAUGCCAAGCAGGAGGAUUUUUAUGACCUGGAUGCAGUUCCUGAGACACCUGUGUUUGAUUGCUUCAUGGAUAUGAAGACAGAUGGUGACCCAACUACCCUCAAGGUCAAACCAGUUGGCCUGCAAGAAAGGAGAGGUUCAAAUGUGUCUUUGACUUUGGAUAUGUGCACUUCUGGUACCACAGAGCCAUAUGGGGCGCUGUUGUCUCCCCGAGACCAGAGUACACAAGAGUACUUGGAAAAUGCAUCUAACCCUCUCACACCUGCACAGCUACAUAUGCGUGCUCUGGAUGAUUCCGCUCUACAAACUGAGUUCUAUGAGGCACCUAUGAACUUUGUGGACCCAAAGGAAUAUAACAUUCCAGGUGUAGUGAGGAAAAACCGCUACAAAACCAUACUGCCAAACACACACAGUAGGGUUUGCCUUCAAGAAACAAAGGAGGAUGACUUUCUCAGCACAUACAUCAAUGCUAACUACUUGAAGGGCUAUGGUGGGCAAGAGAAGGUAUACAUUGCCACUCAGGGUCCAACUGUAAACACAGUGGGAGAUUUCUGGAGGAUGGUUUGGCAAGAACGCUGCCCAAUCAUUGUCAUGAUCACCAACAUUGAGGAGAAAAAUGAGAAAUGCACCGAGUACUGGCCAGAGGACAGUGUGACCUAUGAGGGCAUUGAGAUCACUAUCCAGCAGUUCAUUCAGGCUGAUGACUACAGUCUGAGGAUUUUCACUGUGAAGUAUGAAAGUGAGGAGCGCAGUCUCAGGCACUACUGGUACACAUCAUGGCCAGAUCAGAAAACUCCAGAUAAAGCCCCACCUCUUUUACAAUUGGUCCAAGAAGUGGAAGAAGCAAGGAAACAGGCUCUACCCUCUAGCGGUCCAGUCAUUGUUCACUGCAGUGCAGGAAUUGGCCGCACUGGCUGCUUCAUUGCCACUGCUAUCCUGUGUGAGCAGCUUAGACAUGAAGGAGUGGUGGACGUAUUGAGAACCACCAGCCAACUACGUUUGGACAGGGGCGGCAUGAUUCAAACAGCUGAGCAGUACCAAUUUGUGCAUCAUGUUCUGAGUCUGUAUGAAAGACAGCUGACUUGGAGACCCGAAGAAUAGCAUUUGCCACAGCGCAUCCUUUCCCUGUCAACACUUUACAUCUGCCUGCACAAGACCUCAACAAGUCAAGCAUCUGUUGUGCUCUUGCUAGACUGUAUAACAGUAUGAUCUAUUGUUAAAUUUUGGGUUAUGUGUAAACCUUCAAGAAUAUAACUCAGGGUGUAAACUCCCCAGUAUGCUUCUGUGUAUUAGAAUCAGUAUUACUUCAUAAGGCAUCAUGGUGGAUCAGGGCAUGCUCUCAACUAAAGUUACAUCAACAGUAAACCAGGCCUAUGCCUUAAUGUUGCUCCCACUCCAGACCAAUACUGUCCCUGGCCUAUGGCCUAAAGAUAUUUGAUCACUUUAAUUGAAACAUCUGCUCAUUUAUGCCAUUUAUCAAUCAUGUGGCAGCAGCACAGUGCAUUAAGUCAUCAGGUCAAGAGCUUCAGAUAAAGUUCAUAUCUAACAUCAGAGUGGGGAAAAUGUGAUCUCUGUGACUUUAACCAGAUUUCCUGGGAUUUGCACAACAGUAUUUAAGGAUUUACAAAGAAUUGUACAAAAACAAAACAAAAUAAAUCCGUUGUAUUUAGGGUCUGCAGUUUGCGGCAUUUUGUUGAGAGAGAUCAACAGAGAAUGACCAGAAUGUUUUGAGCUAACAGGAAGUCUAUAGUAACUCAAAUAAGCACUAUUUCCACUAUGCUGAGCAGAAAAGUAUCUCAUAAUGCACAACACAUAAAACCUUGAGGUAGAUGGGUUACAACAUCAGAAGACCACUUCAGCUUUCUCUCCUGAUUCCACUGCUUGUGUUUCACUGCUGCCACAUGAACAUGCAGGUGUACAUGACAAUAUUUGCAUUUAGCUGUCAAGCGAUAUUAUUUGAUAGUCUCCCCAAAACUACCAUGAAGUGCCUUGAAACAGUAUAUAGCUCCAAAUACUUUUCAGUGUACAUAAUUUGAAAUAAUUUAUUUAUAAUAAUAUUUUGUUCCAUAUUUAUCUAGUGUCAUAGCUGAUCAAAUUUAGACAACAACUAGAAUUUCUGAAACUGUUAAAUUAUAUAUUUGAAAUGUAAAAUAUAAUGUGAAGUGUCAGUUUAAAAAAAGGAUGUUUAAAUCAUUCCAACAGUAUUAAAUAAAAGAAAUAGUUGGUCACAUUUAGUAUUGUGCACACAGGCCAUUAGUCCCAUCAUUUAAGGUGAGAAUAAAUUCUGGAGUAAAUAGAAGUAAGCUGAACUGGAAUACGUAAAUCCUUUUGUCCCUCUUAAAAAAGGAAUUUCUGGUUUCCUUUUCAGAAUGUGACGUUCAUACUUUAAAUCUGUUUUAAAGUAUGUUUUUUGGUAUUCCUAGCACAUUUCUGACAUUUAAUCUUUUUCAUUUUUGAUCGCUUCAAACUGUGUUUUAUUCCAGUCUUUUUGCAGAAUCUUAUUUAAAAAAUCAGUGGAUGACUAGAUGACCACAAUUUAUUUAUCUAUUAGUAUAAAUAUUCUUCAAAUCUUUAUUGUAACAGUGCUUUACCUAGGUGCGGGAUUUUACACAUUCUAUCAGUGUGGCAGACUUUUUAAGGUCAGUGUCUGGUUCCAGAGGAAUAUGCAUGUUGGAAGAGAGGAAAUCCAUUUAAAAUGUAUGUCUUUCUAAUUGUAUUCAAUGGGAAAAACGUAUGUUAGUGGCACACAUCAAACACUUGUCACACCCUCUACUUGGUAGGAUGUUAUUGCAAUCCUUUUCUAUAGGAUGAAUUUUCCUCAGCCUUCAAAAAGUAUCAUGAAUGUGCCGCAUAAACAAGUCAUAUGUAUGAGUGUGGUUCUUGGGAAAAGACUGCAAAGCUCUGUACCUUAUUCUACAUACAUAAAACAAUUCAUGGUUCAUGUUCAUGUCAAAAUGCACUAGACAGUUUGAUGACAAUUAAUUUGUGCACAGUGAUUUUCAUAAUUUCACAUGAAGGUCAGUCAAAGUUGUAACAUGCAAAAUUUAAAUAUGUGUAGAAAGUGCAAGGCAAGAAUUAUUGAGGAAAUUGAAGAAAAUAGGAAAGAUAAAAUUGUUUGCUAUGCAUGAAUAGUUAUGUGCUUAUUAUGGAGCAUUUCUUCCUCUUUAUUACAUUAUAAAUGAAGGUAAAAAAACAAAACAAAAAAAAAACAACAAUAAUAAGGAACAAUAAUCUGUUAUUGCUAAACUUGGGGUGUAAUGCAGAAUCUUUUUGUGACAAGAAAAGAGCUCUCUAGCAAUUGCCCCCACCCCCAAAUCAAAAUAUUUUAUUUAUAUACAGUAUAUUUGGUUGCUGAAGCACUAUCAUAAAUUUAUUGGUCACAUGAGUAUGAAACAAACAAUGAACACAAAAUAUGGCCACAUGAAACAUUCAAGAAUGUGUUCAAGAGUGAUGGAUAAUUCCUUUAAGGAGAACCUAAAACAGAAAAUGUACCUUUAAAACAACAAGAACACCUCAUGUUCCAAACAGGCACAUACUUUUAAGAACAUUAUUCCAGAAAUUUAGUUUGAGAACUAACAUUUGAAAGGUUGGGAGGAUGCAUGUAUUUAUUUUUUUAUUUAUUUGUUUGGAAGUGCAUAGAAUGUUGGCCUACUUUAAUAGACAUUGUUGCAAAUUACUUAUGUUUACAGUUUCUGUUUAAAAGCACCUGUAAAGUACAAAUGUUCAGUGGAAUAUUUCAGAGCACAUAGAAUAUUUUACAUCCAGCAUGCCAGCAUUCUUAUGUGGAAUUAGAAAUUUGAAAUAUAUACAGUAUGCAGAUAUAGAUUAAUGAAACCACUCCCCCUCUCUUUUUUGAUGGUUUUUUUUUUUUUUUGCAUUUUGUUGGUUUGUAAUGUCAUUCAAUGCACCUGCUAGACACCAUAUAUAUAUAUAUAUAUUUUGAAAGAUGUUUAUUUGAUGUAUUUUACAAAAACAAACAAAAAGCCAAACAUAAACAAAACAUAAAAUAAAGUGUCAGUUAAAUGUCAGUGUCUCAGUAAAGGAAGAAUAAUGGAUCACUUUUCAGACCAAAAGUUUAGUGAAGGCAGUCAGGGAUUACCUGUGAAAACCAAAGCAAGUGUGACAGACAGAAGGACUGUGGCAGAUUUCCCAAGAAGCUUAUAAAAAACCACCAGCCAAUUUCCUUAAAACUGUACAAAAUGUUCUUUGAACUACUGAUGUGUUUUUAAAAAGCAAAGGGUUACCAUGUCAUAAUAUUUGCUUUGUUUCAUUUAGUUUCAUUAUUUUGAAGGUAUCUUUGCUUUACAGCAUUUCUUAUAAUGUGACUAUGACUUUUGCACAGUGUAUAUCAUGUAUUUGGAACAUUUCUAGGAAAUCUGUAGCCCAGAGGGAUUUGUGUAGAUAUGUGACAUUCACAUUAUUUAAACAGACUCAAGAUUACUUUGUCAAACAUUCCAGUAAAACUUUUAAGAUUUAUCCUUUAAUUAAACUAUCUGAAUGUAUGUUUGUUGUUAUUUUUGAUCAUUCAGGACUUUUUUUCCUGAUAGACUUAAUACAGCAUCUAAACUUAAACAAAUAGGUACUGUCCAUCCUAAUGUAUUAUACAAAAUGUAAAUUAUUGUGUUACAACCCACUGUUUGCCAUGUGUACAUGUAAAUCUGACUAUAAAUAUUAAUUCACCAUCGAAAAAUUAAGUGACUGAUGUGAUAUUAAUCUAUUCACACCACAGUCUAAUGUAUAAUACUAUGGGACUACAGUGAGAUUCUGAUAGCUGGAAUUACCAGCUUAGCUAAAAACUAUAAACAUUAGUUGGUCCAAAAUGAAGCCCUUUAUAUGUUAUUUACAUAACCAUUUUUAAAAAACCAUUACAUAUCUGAACAAAUUGUUAUAUGUAUAUAAU